AGAGAAAUGAAGGAAUUUGAUGAUUUUAUUCAGAAUACAGGGGUUAUUGAUUUACCUUUGGUGGGAAGGAGGUAUACAUGGUAUAAUUCCAAUGGGAAAUACAUGAGCAGAUUGAUAGAUUUUUGUUGACAGAGGAGUGGAUUUUGAAGUGGUGUGAUAUGAAACAAUGGGGCCUUAAUAGAAACGUAUCGGAUCAUUGUCCCAUUUUACUGAAAAAUGAGAAGAUGGAUUGGCGACCAAAGCCAUUCAAAUUUUUUGAUGCUUGGUUUGAUCAUCCGGGGUGCAAGGAGUUUAUCAGGGAAGUGUGGAAGUCUACCAUAGUUAGGGGAUGGAAAGGGUACAAGCUGAAGGAGAAGUUGAAGAGAACAAAGAAAGAGCUGAAGGAGUGGAGUAGGAACUCCGUACCAGAAGUGGAUAGUAAGAUAAUGGAAGCUGGAAAGGGGAUUGCCACAAUAGAUGAAAGAGGAGAGAACUGUCAACUCUCAACACAGGACAUCGACCAAAGGAGAAAUUGCUUCAUAGAGUUGUGGAAGAACUUAAAAAUCAAAGAAAGCAUGUGGCAACAAAAAUCCAGAAAAAUGUGGUUAAAAGAAGGGGAUGUGAACACAAAGUAUUUCCAUAGAUGUGCGAAAGGAAGAUCGAGAAGAAAUGAAAUACUUUGUAUUCGCAUCAAUGGUGUCCAGCAUACAGGGGUGGUAGAAAUAAAGAAUGAGGUGGCAAAAUAUUUUGAGGAGUUAUUUACGGAAGAGAAAUGGGAGAGACCAAAGCUAGAUGGCAUUGAUUUCAAGAGGAUAUCGGAAGCAGAUAAUGACAUCCUCACUGUAGCUUUUUCUGAAAAAGAAGUUAAGGAAGCAGUGUGGGAAUGUGAAUCUUCAAAGUCCCCAGGCCCAGAUGGUUUUAACUUCAAAUUUGUAAAAGUUAUGUGGGAAGACAUUAAAUCAGAUGUAGUGGAGUUUGUGCAGGAGUUUCAUGAGCAUGGCCAGAUAGCUAAAGGUUCAAAUGCUUCUUUCUUAGUCUUGAUCCCCAAAGUGGAAAACCCCCAAAAUAUUGAAGAGUACAGACCCAUAUCACUCAUUGGUGUCAUGUACAAGAUCUUAGCUAAUCUCCUUGCAAACCGACUGCGGAGGGUGAUUGAUAAGGUGAUCAGGGAGCAUCAAAUGGCUUUCCUCAGGGGCAGACAACUAGUAGAAGGGGCUGUGAUUGCUAAUGAGGUGAUUGAUGAGGCAAAGAGAAAGAAAAAGAAAUCUUUCGUUUUUAAAGUCGAUUUUGAAAAGGCGUACGAUAAGGUAUGCUGGGGUUUCAUUGAAUACAUGAUGUUAAGAAUGAGUUUUUGUGAAAAUGUAAGGCGGAAAUCAAGGAAAUCAUUACCAAAGAAAGGGCACAAGUCAGCAACAGUUCAGAGUAAAUUAAGGAGGAAGGGAACCCAAGGCUAUCCAAGGAAAGGACUCACCUAAUACUCCUAUGUCAAAUGCAAAAGGUAAGUGCCACAAAGUAACCAAUACUUAGUAUGUAACAAGAUAUAGAUAAACGUGAAAGAGGGAA